GCAGCGCCGCAGGAAGUCAGCGCCUGAGGAGGCUGGCACGGGGUCGACCGUGGGGCGGCCCCUCCCGGCCCGGCCCGCCGGCCGCAGCUGUUGCCAGCCGAGAGCCGCCGCCGGUACCCCCGAGUCGCCGCCGAUGGUGCUGCCGGGGUCCUGCUGCCCUCUCCCGGGUCUCGUCCCGCUGCCCCAGGCAGGGCCCCUCCGCUCGGGCGCGCCGCCGCGCCGCCGCCCGUGCCUCCCGUGCCCGCUGCUGCUCUUCCGCUCGCUGCUCGGGCUGGGGCUGCUGCAGACCGGCCUGGGCUGCGCCCUGGUGGCUCUGUGCUUCGGGGCGCUGUCGCUGAGCAGCGCCCCGCAGGUGAAGAACGCGUGUCCCCUCUGGGCCGGCUCCUCGGCAAUCUUAUGUGGAAUCCUAGGGUUAACAACAUGGAAGAGGCCAAUGCGGCUUUUGGUUAACCUGUUUGUUCUGCUGUCUAUGAUCAGUUUUAUGCUGAACAUGACUGGAUUAAUACUAGGAUGUCAAGGCAUUCAAUUUGUGUCCAGAGUACCCAGAUGCAAUUUGAUGGAUAUGGAUGAAAACAAGACUUGUUUUUGCUGUGAAGAACUUCAUCCCACUACCUGCACAGAAGAAGAGGCUGUACUGAAGCUAUACCAUGUGAAGUCAUGCAGUGCUGCUCACCUUCUUCUCAAGAAAGUUCUCUUAGCUCUUAGUGCCCUGAAUGCUCUCACUGCCACAGUUUGCUUCACAGCAGCUGCCCUGCAUUACUUACUGACGCUUGCAUCAAGAAGAUCCUGCACAGAUGAAUGUGAGAUUGAAGGUGAAGAUCACAAUUUGGAUCCUGAUGACUUUGUCCCACCUGUCCCACCUCCCUCCUAUUUUGCAGCUUUUAAUUCUUGUACUCCGCAAAGUCACAGCACACCUGUCUCUGAUGUGAUUUCACUGCACUAUAUUUAUGUGACACGAAUCAGAGGGGUUGAAGUGUACUGCCCUCUGGACCCACCUCCGCCCUACGAAACUGUAUGCAGCUUAAAAAGCUCUGAGCAGGGAGGUGCACUUCAAAUAAAUGGCAUGGAAGAUGUUGAUUCAGGGGAAGAAAGUGACAGGCAGUCCUCGCAAGCUGAAGAAAUUCGGGAGCCUUCCAGCAGAGUGAGCCUUUCCCCUUUAAAUGCAAGCUGUGUGCCUGCUGGAGUGAACAGGAGAGCCUUCAGUCCCUUGCGGAAAUGUUCUAAAAGCGACCCUGCGCUCCUGCACUGCCAGCCGCCUCAAGGGACAGUGCUCAGCUGUGAAACUGCAACACUCAAUGAUGUAAAUCCACUGAACGCUGUCACCUUGCGGAAGAGUUCAAGAGCAAGAGCUUCCAGGGGAAGACCCCAGUCUCUGAUAGAUUAUAAGUCCUACAUGGACACUAAACGGCGUGUGGCAUGGAUCCUUGAGCAGUCCUGCAGCAUGAGCCCAGACAUACAUGACUUGGUGGAAAACAUCAAAUCUGUUUUAAAGUCAGAUGAGAAACACAUGGCUGAAGCUGUCACCAGUGCCACUUUCCUUGAGCAGGUGAUGACACCUGCCGAGCAAGCCACAUCAUUGAGAGUCCAUGUGUUACCUUCCAGAUUGCAACCUGGAUUGCUGUACCUGGAGAGCUGUGGUGACCUGAGUACUUUCACCACAGAGGGGGAACAGCUAGCAGAGCGGAGAAUCCAAAGAGCAGAACAUGAACGGCCUCACAGUGUUAUUGGUGUUGUCAGAGAAACUGUGCUUUGAGCUGGCUUUUUGGUUGUUCCUCAGCAGAGCCAGGGCAGUUCUGUCAUAUACACAUAUGGCAGAGGAAAAUCAUCUCUGGCAAGUGGGUUUGUCAAUAAUCACCUUCUUUUUUAAUACUCCUAAGCACAGACUCCAAGGGCAAAGAUCAUUCUACAAAGAGUAAUGAGCAGAUUGAAAGCUGACAUUUACUGGGCUCUCAGCUGCAGCUCAUCUGUUUGUGAUACAUUGGUGCCCUGCAUCUCUGUGAAGUUUGGUAACAUGUAGUUGUGGGGUAUGAUGAUACAUCAUCCUUAUGGAAGGAGCUGUCAAAAGCAGUAUUGAAGAACUUCACAAAUUUUUGGCACUUUAGUUUAAAUUAAAAUCUCCUGUCAUAAAAUGGAGACCUUCAGAUACAAACGAAGUUAGUAAAAAAAUGGUGUACAGAAUUCUAAAAUUACUCUUUAUACAACAAGGUUGUUGAUGUGCAAACUGUACUAAAAACAAAACCUGUCUUGAAGAAGUGCUGUUUUGGCUCAGUGAACUUCUCUCUUAAUGGCAGAACAUUAUUUUUGUCUUAAUGAUGGAACAGCAUCCAAACCCAAAAGCACAGGUGUUUUGCAAUGGGUGGUGCUGGCUUGUUACUGUCCUGGGAAGAAAGGCACUCUUUGUGUAGUCUCAUUUAAAUGCUAUUUGUUACAGCAGGUGCUAUGAACAAAGAAGCUAGUAUGGCUAAUUUUAUACUCCUUCAGGUGCUGGGAACCCCAGAUUGUGCAGCAUCAGGAAAGGCACAAGUUAUGCAGAUCCCACCAUUUUACUCCAUUUAGGUCAUCUGAAGUAAUUAAAAAUUUUCUUAGAGAAAAACUCUACUCAUCACUUCUACAGUCAAACAGAAGGGCUGUUCACAUGGGACUGCUGCACUUCUAGACAAAGGCAGGGACACACAUGUAUUGCUGGAUGGUGUUUAGCAUUUUGAGUACCACUGGGGCUGCCUGCAGGCUCCUUUCUUAAAACAAACCACCUUAAUUUAUUCUGUGGCCAAGGGACAUCCCUGUAGGAGCAGCGCAAAGCACAGCACAGGCCUGGCCCUACUCAGGCAAGAGGCACAUGGAUCACAAACUCUUUGUGUACCAUCAUUUUACGUCAGCAUUGCUCCAUAUGCUUCUGCACUGAACAUUUAUUUAAAUUACAGUCCCAGCCCUGACACUGACUGUCAGUCCACGCAGGUCACCAGCAUCACCUCUUCAGCCUGCAAGGCUCUACAGGGUGCUGGAACUGGGGUGGGGUCUGCUUGUCUUCUCUGGGGAUCCCAGCCAUUAAAAACACUGAAGGAGAGGGCAAGAAACAUGUCCCCCGUGUAUAUAGCAAAUCUGCUGAAAUUUUUGUCUGUAAAGUAAGGGCUUAUGGUUAUCCACCAAAAUACAGAAAAGUUUGUAACACCGAAAUUGGUAUGUACAGAUAAUGGUAAGAAUAAAUAGGAUGAUGGAGGGUGGUACACAGGGGAAUGCAGAACGCAAGCUCAGCCUGUCUACUGUGCCCUUUACCAGGGACUUCCCAAUUGCUUCUGUCUGUCAUUUAAGCAACUAAGGUGAAACACUUCAUUCUCUCUUGUUGAUGGUGUUUGUAUUUCAUGUUAUGAACUAAAUGGCUGAAUGCCCAUGUUUAGCUUUCUUCUGAAUCAGCUGUGGCAUAUAUUGCCAUUUCUGUGCUUUCAAAGUACUCAUGAGAACCUAUGAGGCGCAGAAAAUCCUAUGAAGGCUCACCAGAAGAAACACUCCCUGGAUGGCUUUUUUCUGGUUGACUUUCAAAUAUGAUCGUAUUUUUCAUAAUCUCUCAUUAUAUAUUUUUAUUUUAUUAUUAUAUAUUUAAAAAAUAUAUUUUUAACCUUAACACAGGCAGUUGCAGGAUUAAUUCUAGGGACAGACAUAUCACAACUCUACUUUUUAUUUAUUCAAAUGGUGUUAGGUCUUUAAUAAUAAAUCAUGCUGAUGACAUUGAAAGGUAAACUGUGAUUUCAGAAACUACUCUUAAAUGUGAAGAAUUUUUAUCAAAGCCCCAUUUAUGAAAAGUUGCUAUUUAAAGUUAUUCAGUCAAAUAAAUAAUAUUUCUGUCACAAUCACAUCAGUGGCAUUUCACACAGUAAAAACUGGGAUGCUACCUUAGAUUAGGAAUCACCUUUGUUUAGGAGCACUAGUGUCAUGUAUUGCCUGAAAAGAAUGCUGUUUUAAAAGGUAACAGCAUUGCUUCACUGAAGCCUGCAGAAACACAGAUAAGAAUUACUCCACACUAAGUGGCAGAAAAGAAGUUCAGACACCUUCCAAUUAUGCAUGCAUUCAGCAUUGGCAAGUCAGCCUCUAGGUCAGUAUGAGCAAAUUCUCAGCCUUGUCUGAGGUACUUUUGUUUUGUAGUUUAUUGUUGCAAAUCUUACAGACAUUAGCGCUCUGUUAAAUAAAGGAACGUAGCACAGUAAAUACAUCACAACAAAAUAACUGGCCAGAAACCCCUUACCCAUCCCCUGCAAAGCAAAAAGCCCACUCUUCUCCCCUCUGUCUCUCCCCCAAAUCAAACCAGCACAGCUUCAUUAGAGAGGUCAGAGACCUGUGGCAGGAAACAUCAGAGUAAUUACAUUCAGUAGAUGUGCAAGAUCAACAUUCCAGGCUCACAUAUAUUUAUAUAUAUAUUUAUAUUUUUAUAUAGAGAUCAUUAAAUGUUUACAAAGAACAAUAUUGUUACAAAUACAAUACUAUGCUUUUCCCAAAGCUUUACAAUAAUUUCUAUUCAUCCUCUUUACAGAACAAUAGUACAACUUCAUAGUCUAGGUACUGCGCUAAAUAUAUACAAGAGAUCUCAACCAUGUUGCUGUCUUGAGAAAUACAUUUCUUUUAGAAAAGAAGGAAAGCUAGCAAACUUGGAAAUCCAAACUGAGACUCAAACAAGAUUCAAAACAAACAUGAAACUUCUCAAAAAUAAAAAAUACAAGGGAUGUUUCAUCCUUAAUGUAAACACUGAAGAGUUAAUUAGACUGUACGAAGCAGCAAGGAUGAAAGAAAAAGAAUUCAGGUCUGUCACUGAAGAAGGAAUGUAAACCUUUGAAGGAAUGUUCCUUUGCAUCUGUUAAAAAUCCCCAUAUCUGAUCUAUCAAACCGCUGCAACAGUCUAGAGAACAGCCAGCUUUCCCAUUGGAGUUCCAUUUUCUUGAAACUUUCUGUUUACAGAGUAAAAUGGGAUUGUUUACAAGACUGUUCUCAGAAGUGUGCACACACUAUGGACCUCUCAGUUUAGAAAUCUUAUGCACAUACUGUAACUGAAAAAACGAGAUUUUUUUUUUUUUUUUUUUUUUUUUGCUAAGCUCUGGUCCUGCAAGCAUUCAUUUGCUUAAUUUUAAGCACCUAUUUAGGAUUAACAGUAACUUCACAAACCCCCAGCUGCAAGAUUUCCAAAGAAACAGUGGUUUCUUCUCUUAAUACAUUUGCAUGUUCAGAAUUUCCUCAUUUCCCUGUGAAGUGAGCUAAAGACUUCACCACAUGGGCUAGACAUGGGGAAACAAGUGAAGUGGAGGGCAUACACAUAGCAGGAACCAGAAGCAUGAUAACUGUCUUCAAGAGUUCACUAAGUUUCUUCAGGCAAUUUAUUGAAAGGCUGCACUGUAUAUAAUCUAAAUUGUACAUGGUUAUAUACCAUAUUUACAUUUAUUACUAUAUAUAUGGAAAGUUCUAGAAAAAAGGUUCAAAUUACCAUAAACCAGAUGUCUACAGUUAAACAAUAUACUCACAAGCCAUUAAUUAUCUUGUUGCAUCAGUGAGGCAGCAGAGUUAAGUACUAACCUGGAAAACUAACACCAUUUUGUUGUGCAAUCCGCUAUUCUGGAGCCUUGGAUUAAAUUAUAUAACAAGAAAUGCAGUAAAAUCAAGUUAUUGUACAUUAAUCUCAACACUAAAACAUAUCCCCUUACUAC